UGGAGAAAAUGGAACAGAUGAAAAAAGAAAAGCAGGAAAAUUGCCUACUGUGUUGCUGCAGACCCCUACAAGUGAAAUGGAAUAUUCUGAUGAUCGGAAAAAGGUUGAUGUUGCUAGGACAAAGAGCAGCACAGAUAGUCCACUCCUUACAAUGGAUAUCAAGAGUGACUCCAAGGUUGAAAGGAAAAAACGUGCCUCAAAUCAGCUGAAGGCAAAUGCACACUUUCAUAAGCUGUUUCUAGACGUUCCCAUUGAUGAGCCACUGAAACAAAGCUUUACCUGUGCUCUGCAGAAAGAAAUUCUGUACCAAGGAAAAUUAUUCCUUUCUGAAAACUGGAUUUGCUUCCAUUCCAAGGUUUUUGGUAAAGACACUAAGAUUAGUAUACCUGUGCUCUCAGUGACACUUUUGAAGAAAACCAAAACUGCCCUUCUUGUGCCAAAUGCUCUGAUCAUAGCAACCAUUACAGAUAGGUACAUGUUUGUCUCCUUACUCUCCAGAGAUACUACCUACAAGCUAUUAAAAUCUAUCUGUAGACAUCUUGAGGAUACAAGCAUGGGCAACAGUCCAAACCCCUCUUCUGCAGAAAACAGCUUCAGGGCUGAUCGUCCUACAACUUUACCCUUGGAUUUCAAUGAAGACUAUUCUGAUCUGGAUGGAAUAGUGCAGCAGAGGAGACAAGAGAUGGAAGAGUCCAGCAGCACAGGCUCACAGACCCCGGAGCUGGAAUGCUUUCAAGAUUAUCAUGUCGUUGAGACGAAGACUCACUUGAAAGUUUCCAAGACUGAGGCAAAGUCUGUCCGUUCAGACGCACACAGUAAACGUGGACCUGAUGGAAAAGCCCGAAACAGUCCUCGAAAUGGUCAUUCUGAAGCGUUUAGGUUUUUCCACAAAGUGAAGUCCCAGAAGCUCUUAUCUCUGAACCAUGUACUUAUAUUUUACGCAGUUCUUGUUUGUGUAUUAAUAUUUUCUACCUUCUACAUGAGAUACAAGAUCAGUGUCCUGGAGGAACGCCUUAUUUCUAUCACAUCCUUUGACUCACAUGUUAAGGAGUAAGAUACAUUC